GUCAAUGCUCUCUCUGCUACACAACAUCACUGGCUUAUCGUCGAGCACCAUUCUGCCAUUCCCUGCUUCCGUCCAGCCACCCGGCGAUCCUUGCAGAGACACAGCUGCAGCUACAGCUUCGUCCUACUUAUUCUUGGUCUGAAUGCACAUACGGCACGGCUUGACAGCUCUCAAGCAUGCAUGCCUGGCACAUGGAGCUCUCCAUCUGCGCCCGCAAGGCUGAAAUCUUAAUGUUCCAUUCCACGGAAGCAGGCAAAGGUGCCGCCUUGCUUCACACCCGCCUGGACCUUGCGUAAGGCCGGCUCAUUGAUUGGACGCCGAACAUCUCAGCUCCCUCGCGGGCGGCAUUGUCCUGGCGCAAGCAAUGUGGUGGCAGCAGCCCUCACAGCCGUUGUGCUGCCUUACGUACCUGAGUCUCAUGGAGGCCAGGGCCUUGUGAGCUAUGGGCAGCGCUAUCCAUGAUCAGCUCAACGUUCGCACAGCAUGCGAUGAGGUCGUGUUGUACUUCACUUUCAGCCAGCAUUGUUGUUGACCGCUAUCGUCCUCUUCAUCUUAUUCCCAUCACACACAGCUGCACAAAAGUCAACGACAUCGAUUGCCUUAUUCUACUGACCAUGGCUCAUCAACCAGAGAAGGUGCCAUUGCAGCUCAGAACACACGACACUGCUCCACGCGGACGAGAGCCACCGCGCGACGACGCCUUGAUCCCGCUUGGCUGGAAGUACAAGCAGUUCUUUGGUCUGCCAUAUUAUGCCUCUCCACAGCUUCAGCUGGUUCUCGUGGCAUUCAUUUGCUUUCUAUGCCCAGGCAUGUUCAAUGCCGUCAAUGGCUUAGGCGGCGGUGGUCAGGCCUUCGAUCAGUCUCCUGCAAGCUCUGACUCCAACAGCGCUCUGUAUGCCACAUUUGCAGUCGUCGGCUUCUUCGCCGGAACCAUCACCAAUACCCUUGGUAUAAAGUUUGCUCUGGGCUUCGGUGGCAUCGGAUACUCAGUCUACAUCUCGGCCUAUCUCUGUUACAACCAUACUUUCAACUACGGCUAUAUUGUAUUCGCAGGAUUCUUCUUAGGAUGUUGCGCGGGAGUUCUCUGGAGCGCUCAAGGUCAGAUCAUGAUGUCUUACCCGAACGAAGCCUCGAAAGGACGAUACAUCUCGUGGUUCUGGGCAAUCUUCAACCUUGGAGGCGUGAUUGGUAGCCUUGUGCCCUUGGCCCAGAAUAUUCACAACACCUCAAGUGAGAGAGUGAGCGAUGGAACCUACAUCGGCUUCCUGUGCUUGACUUUUGCUGGUGCCUUGCUGGCCUGGACACUUGUCGAUGCGAAGCACGUCGUGAGGAUGGAUGGCUCUCGCGUCAUUCUCAUGAAGAAUCCAACAUGGAAGACCGAAUUGCUCGGGCUGUGGGAGACCAUCUUUACAGAUCCCUAUAUCCUGUGCCUUUUCCCCAUGUUCUUUGCGAGUAACUGGUUCUACACCUAUCAAUUCAACGAUGUCAACCUUGCACAAUUCAACAUCCGAACAAGGUCUUUGAACAACACCCUGUACUGGCUCGCACAAAUUGCCGGCUCAGGCAUGUUUGGAUUUGCCCUCGAUAUCAACAAGAUUCGAAGAGCAACGCGGGCAAUUCUCGCAUGGGUAGCUCUUCUAGUUCUAACGUUCGCGAUCUGGGGCGGCGGGUAUGCCUUCCAAAUGGGCUACACCCGUGCUCAGGUCAAGGCUACUCCAGAUGAGCGCAGAAGAGAUUGGACCGACAGCGACUAUAUUGGCCCUAUGUUCCUGUACAUCUUCUACGGCUUCUACGACGCUGCGUGGCAGACGUUCAUGGGUGCCAUGACAAACAAUGGCCGCAAGCUAGCGAAUUUUGCCGGCUUCUACAAAGGCAUUCAGUCAGCCGGAGCAGCCAUCAUCUGGCGAUUGGAUGGUCUUGACAAUGCACCAGAGUAUAUGACUCUGUUCAUCAGCAAUUGGGUCCUCCUUGCAGGAUCCUUAGUCAUCGCUGCCCCAGUGAUGUUCUGGAAGAUCCGUGAUACUGUCUCACUCGAAGAUGACUUGAGAUUCACUGAUGAGACGAUGGACGACAUCACUCUAUCCAUACCCAAAAUGUUCCAAUUCUACAACCCAAACCUCUGA